CGAGCUAGGUCCCCGUGAACCAGGGCUGCAUAUAAUUGUGUCCGGCGCCGGCUCCCGGGACACCACACAGGCACACACAGCGCCACUCACAGACCGACAAAGCCUAGCUGCUUGUACUUGAGCAAGUACUCUCGAGGUCAGCGCGCGCGCGGGGGGGGGCUUAAGUUUGCAUGAGAAGGCGGAGGAUGGGCGCACUGCACGUCGGCGAGCCGCGGGUGGUCAGCUUCCAGCAGGUCAGCAAGAACAACAACAACAACGGCCAGCAGGGUCAUCAUGGCGCCGUCGUGGAAGAGAUCCACGGGCUCAUCCGCGUGUACAAGGACGGCCACGUGGAGCGCCUCCCGGCGAUGCCCGACGUCCCCUGCACGUGGGGCUCCACGGCCGUCCAAGGCCCGGGCGGCGUCAUCGCGCGCGACGUCGUGGUCGACCGCGCCACCGGGGUCUGGGCCCGGCUCUACGCGCCGGCGGAAUCAGGGAACAAGGUCCCCGUGGUGGUGUACUUCCACGGCGGCGGCUUCUGCGUGGGCUCCGCCGCGUGGAGCUGCUACCACGAGUUCCUCGCCCAGCUUCCCAUAAAGUCGGGCUGCGCCGUGAUGUCCGUCGACUACCGCCUCGCCCCGGAGCACCGGCUCCCGGCCGCGUUCGACGACGGUCUCGCGGCAGUCCGUUGGCUCCGGCAGCAAGCCGCGAGCUGCAGGAACAACGACGACCUCUCCUGGUGGCGCGGCCGCUGCAGGUUCGACAGCGUCUUCCUCAUGGGCGACAGCGCGGGCGCCACCAUCGCGUUCCACGUCGCCGCCCGGCUCGGGCAGGGGCACCUGGGCGCAAGUCUCGGCCCGCUCUGCGUCAGGGGAGCCAUCCUGGUCCAGCCUUUCUUCGGCGGGGAAGCCCGGACCGCGUCCGAGAAGACCAUGGCGCAGCCGCCGCGGUCGGCGCUGAGCCUCUCGACCUCGGACAGUUACUGGCGCAUGGCGCUCCCCGCCGGCGCCGGCCGCGACCACCCAUGGUGUAACCCGCUGUCGUCGUCGUCGUCCCGGGGCGCGCCUCGGCUCGACACGCUGCCGCUUCCUCCCGUGCUCGUGUGCAUCGCGGAGGCGGACAUCCUCCGCGACCGGAACCUGGAGCUCUGCAAGGCGCUGCGCAAGGCCGGGAAGAGCGUGGAGCAGGCCAUGUACGGCGGCGUCGGCCACGCCUUCCAGGUGCUCCACAACUACCACCUGUCCCAGCCGCGGACGCAGGAGAUGCUCGCGCACAUCAAGGCCUUCGUCAGCGCGAGGUCCAGCUGACUCACUAAGCUUCCUCUACCGCCGUGUCAUGCCAAAUUGUCAAUUAUUCCAGUCUAAUCCACAGCCAUCUUCAGAGCAUGUAGAUGCUGCCGUGUAAGCACUAGGCAGUAGUAGUAACUUGUAGUACUUGUUCAAGUAAAGAAAAGACAAAAAAAAGGGCUCCGAUACGCAACUUGGAUUGUUAUUGUAGCUAUUGGUGUUGGAAAGCAAAAGGUGUAGCGCGAAAAUAAUACGAAUACAGUACUGCUUGCUCGUAUUUUCA